CUUAGAAUCAGUUACAUAUGUAAAAUUCUAUACUGUGCCUGUGCUCACAGAAACUUUGGUAGUGUAUUAAAACCAUAUUUGUUAGGGAGACGGCUAUCAAUACAAUGACAUUAAUCCUAUAGGCUAUAUACGCCUACUCUCAAAUACGCGCUUCUUAUUGGAUGACGUUUCCACUUAACUAUAGUUAACUUUAAUCACUUUUUUAUACAACCGGCCCUGCAGGGGUUUUGGACGUAGUCCAAACUCUGUUGAAAACGGCAAAGUUGGCGUAUUUUCAUGUUUCGUAUAGUACGCCAGAAUUUCAAGCCAUGACAGAUAGUUUUUCUAGCAGAGACCCAGAAUCGAUCAAAAUUGCUAAAUAGGUUAAAGCUCUGUUUUACUCGUUGGAUUACUCGUUUACAAGACAAGAUCUCCAUACCGAAUAAUUUAUGUCAAAGCGAGUUUGUUUAGUCGUCGUCCUGACAUCGCCGUCUGACAUGUGUAAAUUACUCCUUAUUUGUUCGUGUGCAGGGCAAAAAAAAAUGACGACAAUUUUUUCUUGCCAAGGUCAAGGAGGCUUGCUCUUGGACAAGGUAAAUUUGUUAGCGUGUACGAGUGUACGACCACCAAGGAAAAAUUGGCAAGCGCUACAAUAAGUCUUCUAUGGUUUUGCCAAACAAAAUGCGACCUUGACGUGAGUAAAUACUAAAUGUUUAACAACAUGUCUUGUUGACUGACACGCGAGAAGGUAAACUUGUCAAGGAAAACAUCUUUACGGGGCUUUUAUUGAGUCGCUUUAGUUUGUGCCGCACGAUCUAAACUAUAGCUAUAUUUAUACUGAAUAGCUUUCAGAGACAGAGGUCCAGUAAAGGUAAUUCCUUAUUGGUCAAGUGUAUACCAUAGGUUGAAACCAGAAUACCAGGAGAAAUCCUGAGGGAAAUUAUUACCACAUUGAUGACAUUGGCCACAGAUGUGACUGAAGCACAUGCACUGACCACCAGCACAGAUCCCUUGCAAAUCGCUGCAAAUCACGCACCAGCCAUGCAUUACGAGUCCAAGUAUCAUGCUCCGGGCACGUGGUAGGAUGAUCGUGAUUCACCAAUCAGAAAGCGCACAGUGGGUGAUUCACGUGCUUCGUGCGUGGCAUAAUUUUGCUAAAAAAAAUUCGAGCGCUUCAAUUUUCCGUCACUCAUCAAGUGUCGGUCUUGACAGCAAUAGCUUCUUCCAAAAAGAACCAACGGAUAUUAUGGAACUUCAAGGAUUGCCAAGAGAGAACCGCGGUUAUGUAUGUAUGAUUGUGUUUGGACUUGAGUGUAUUCAAAUUGUUUGCAUAAUCGUUAAUAAUCUGUGUUGGUUUGUGUUUAUAGCAUACUUCAAUUGAUGAAUUGAGCGCCGAUAACGGGGUCAAAAAACCUCGACCCGAUUCAGCUGUGAUUGAUGUAGAUGGUCAAAUAAAUGGUCAGAUUAAUAAGGAUCUCAAAGAAGAAGAGAUCGAUCCGUGGAGUCUGCCCGAAUUAACUGAUACUGGCAUUCCUUGGAGCGGUGAGAUACUAUUAAUUUCAUAUUGCCUGGUUUUAAUUAUUUUUAAUAGAUUUUAAAAACGCGCGGAAACGAGACUAGAAAAAUGGAAUCGCCAGAUUUUGCAAUUUCAGAAAAUCUGUUUAAAAUUAUAUACGUACAAUCAGUAACUGAUUCGAUGCAAUGGAUUAUGUAUCUAAAUAAGCCGAAGCACUCAGAUAUGAGCUUCAAUGCCAAUAUAUAAUUUAAAAAAAAUUAAUGCCAUACUAGCAUAUAGGGCAUUUAAAAGCCAGCAAAGCGCAAUUUAAGAUUUUGAACUGUCUGGAUUUAAUUUCUGAAUACCCACUGGCAACUAUUUAGUCGCCUACAGGCGCACAGAGACCUUUUAAUCUCCGGAUUAGGGAAAUUGUAGUUAUAUUUUAUAAUGGCUUGUUUUCCCUAAUAACCAUUCAUUAUGAGACCAUAAAAAUUUGAAUGAAUUUGAGUUCUGAUACCCAAAACAAUAUUAAAGAUGGGGGUGUAUGUUUUUCAUUUGUAUGUUUUUGUCAUACACACUCGGCUAUGAUUACUUACAUAACAAAUACUCGAAUGGAUUCCUUUGCAACUUGAGAUUUGCUACUUUACCAAAUUAGCAGUUGGGUUUGUUAUACUCGAAAACUCAUUAGAACAAUAUUUACAUAAUUUUUUCAAAACAAAAGUUCGCCAGGAUCUAUAAAAAUUGCUCAGUUUUACAAGCGUACUGUUUUGAAAUCGAACCUGGCUUAUGUUUUCAAUAUAAAAAAAUCUGUAAUCGAUACGCCAUUUGAAUGUGUUUUGCGACAGAAAAUUCAUUCGUAUGUGUCCUCAUAUAUUAGACAUACUUUUUUUCUCAGAGAUGAAAGCGUUAUGAGUACAUUGUAAACCUACGCAUAACUUAAAUAUUGCAUUAUCGGUCUUUCACUCGUGUUGAAAAGGUGUUGAAGGCUUUUUUGUAAGCGGCGAUUUAAAAUACCCUUGGACUUUGAUACAAGGCUAUCUGGCGAAUCUGUCAAUCUAUAAUUUAGAUCGACAGUAUCUUGCAAGGUUAUCAGGAUUCACGUGUCCUGGAGAGUCGCCGGUGUAGUAUUAAAUUAGAGACCUACGUGGCGAAGCAUCUGAAGUUGGGGGGGGGGGCGGAGGAUUUUACCUGAAAUUUGAAUCCGGAGGAUUUUACCUGAAGUGUAAUAAUUGUAAUAAAGCUUUUUGUGAUUGAUUUGCGUUGUCAUACUAAAUUCCUGUUCUAAAGCAAAUUCGAUGUAAAUCGACUGUAUUUUACAAUAAUGGUUAUCAUUUCACAAAAAUAAUUACUUUACUGAGAAUGUCAAAAUUUUAACCUGAAUUUUACCUUGAAUUUACCUUGGGGGAGUUGUACUGUGUAAAAUCACGCACACAAGUACGGCAUCGUAAUAUGCAAAUCAGCUUCCGGCUAAAGACUUCAGCUGUGGGACUGAUCGAAUCUUCAGCUGAGCUGGUUAAAUGUCCAGCUGAACAAGAAAUUCUUCACUAAAUCCUUUAAAUAAAACCUGGAUAUCGUAUUGUGUUCAAAAUAGUUCAUAUUUGCAACCAUUGUAAUUUGUCAUGAAUCAUGAUUGAAACAUCAGUGAUAAUUUUUCAUCGAGAUCGGCAUCAACUUAACAGAUCACUUCAUACCCACCACCUUAACCUAUAAGAAAACUUUACUGAAUAAUUAAUUAUAUUUUGUGUUCAAUAUAUAGACCACAGUAAGACUUUUUUUAAAUGUUUAUUUCAUUAACAAACGACGUUUCGGAGAUUUACUCCAUCUUCAGGUUUUGUUAAUGAAAUAAACAUUUAAAAAAAGUCUUACUGUGGUCUAUAUAUUGAACACAAAAUAUACUAUUAACAUGAGACUUAGGGAAAGUUUGUUCCUAAACAUUUUGAAUAAUUAAUUAUCUAACUAGCCAACUAACUAACUAACUAACUAACUAUCUAAUUAACUAACUAACUAACUAACUAACUAUCUAACUAAAUAAGUAACAUAUUAACUAUCUGUAAGAAUAUCUUCACAUUCAUUUUUAUCCUUUAUGUAAGAUUAAUUCCAAAUCUUAGUAUAUUGGCGACAUUGAUUAUUGUUCGUUAUCCCCGACUGUCGAAAAAAAUUAUGUGAAUCAAGACGAAAUAUUUCUACGAUUUACGGAUAUUGAUUAAACAGUCAUUUAUUUCGUUUAAUGACAUAGUGAUAUUGGCACACAAUGUCAUCUGAAACGAUCUGAAACACUUGAUACAAACACAAUGAUCAGUGUUGCCCUUGACUUUGUCCUUUGUCCUUUGAGUGUAAUAUUGCGACCGGAAAGCAGCACUCUUAUUUAACAUUAAGUUAUGAAGACGAUAGUUAUAGGAACCUGAGCUUUUCCCGCCUCCACAGACGAAAAGAAUUAGGAGCAUGAUUGCAAAAUCUUUCAGAGAUGCCAAGUGACAGGCUGGCGGGAGCCAGUUUUCUUCGGAUACUACGCUUUCCUCUCACAGGGAGUGUUGAGAUCGUGAGGUGGGUUGGGAUAAGCCCGGAAUUGACCCAUCCACUGUGGCUGUGCUCUGUGACUGUGAUUAGACAUGAGUCAUAAGGGUACUGGCUGCCAGAGGCAGAGGCACCCUUGGAAGACCUUCAAUUUGAUCGGUUGGACUGCACCCUUCGUAAUUCAAGUACAAGUAUAAGAAUGAUUGUCCCUCUCUCCCUCCCCUCUACUCACUAAAGGCAGGCCUUAAAAUAUCUUUUCCAGGGCCGUCUGACAAAAUGUACGGUGACGUUGAGUUUGGGUCGGACAUAUGUCCGAUGACCUUCAGUUCAUUUUUGACUCGGAAAUAAGUCUGAAUGACCCAAAUGAAUAAACGGUAAAUGUUGUAAAAAUAUUAAAUAAUUUGUUUCUUUCAUACUUAUUUCCAAGCCAAAAUUAACUUGCUUUCCAGAACAGCAGUAUCAAAAAGACUUCGACAACUUAAGCCUGUUUUCCACUUCACCAUUUCGCUCGCCGCCCCGUGCUCGACUACGUUAAAACAACAUUUCCAGUUGACCUUUUAUACAAUAGUACUCUGAUUUUCCAUUUAACACACAAGUUUCUUGUCCUGGGCUAGGGUACAUUUUGAUUUACGUUGGACAAAGCUACAGUUCGGUCGGACACCAAUACACUCGGGUGAGUCAGGUCGGACAAACAAUAAACCUCAGUUUCACUUAGGUCGGACAGAAUGUCCGGUGGUUUCCUUUCUACGUCGGACAAUUUCACGAAUGGGUCGGACAAUGUCCGUGACCGACCGAUAUUUUAAGGCCUGACUAAAGGGAAUAUUUUUGACAGCGAAUUUAAAGACUAAACCAUGUUAUUGUAUAUGUUUUCAGUAACUUGAUAAUCUUGGCCAGUUUGGAUCGAUCUUUGACUUUGGCCUUUGAGGGUGGCAUAUGGCGCCACCGGAAAACUAUGUUCUUACGCAACAAAAUAAAUGAAUAAAUAUGAUCCAUAUAUGCAUGUGAAAGGAAUUAUAAGUACAGUGCCAGUGGGCAGACAUUAUUACUGAAAGAAGGUCUUAAUUAGCCCCAAAAGAGAUCACAGUGCAUUCUUGGAUCGUUUGGAGGGACAAAAUAUAUGGUGACAGGCGUCAAAUACGUGAAAGAGUAGAAGUGUCUACUAUCAAAUAUCAACUUUUUAGACGACCAGAAAUGAAAUAUCCCCUUUUUACAUUAAACAUUUACAUUAAACAUUUAAUUUAAAUGUGUGCUGCCAUAUUUCUUGUCCCUCCAACAUGGGAUUCGCGCGACUAGACUCAGGACUUUGGGAAAUGGCUAAUUGUUUUCUUGUUUUACUGAUUAAGUGAAAACGAAUUCCAGAAUAUAUACUCCAAUUAUUGCAAUAUCUUCUUUAAAGCUUAAUUAAGUAGUACUUUAUAUUUAUAACUUUUAAGUGGAAAUUUUAAAUCUGUUAAAAAAAGACACAUUUCGAGAAUUUCUUUACAUUUAUCAGAAUUCUGUCAUUCGAUAAGUUCUUGAAAUUUUUUAUUUAUUCAAAACUUUAUAUAAAGAUUUUUAAACUCGAUGACACCAUAGAGCAAAAUAGCCCUCUUUUCAUAGUGGUCAAGAAAAUACAUGGUAAAAUUCAUCUAUAUUUCUCUCACUUAUAGAAUUGACAUCACGAGGCAAAGCUCUACGAGUGCUAGGCGCUUUCAUAAAGAUCGCCCUUCUGCUGGGGCUGUUGUAUCUCUUCAUUUGCUCGCUGAGUUUCCUCAGCUCUGCAUUUCGUCUCCUGGGUGGAAAGAAAGCUGGCGAGGUCUUCACGGAAAAAUCGGUUCUUUCAAAUCCUGUCGCUGGCGUCGUCAUUGGUCUACUGGCAACUGUUCUGGUCCAGAGUUCGUCUACGUCAACCUCCAUCGUGGUUGCUAUGGUUUCCUCCGGAAGUAAGUAGUCGUGAGCAGUUAAGUUACGAGUACACGCUCCGAUUUGUCGGGCCAAUUUUGCUCGCUGUAUGUAAAUAACUUGUCGUGAGCACUCGCGACGUCAGCGCCUUGCGAUUCACAAAAUCGGGAGAAAAAUCAGUAGCAAAGCACAGAUUUUUCUCACGAUACAACGAUUUUUCUUCCGUUGUAAAGUUGUUGAAAACUAAGUUCUUUGUAUGUUUGCAUGGCGAUAAAAUAUAAUGGUUUUGUUUGUGGAAACACCACGUAAAUUUAUUACUGUUGAAAACUUUUCGCACGCAGAAAACUAUAAUAUGAACAGACGAGAGAGCGGACAGCUUCAAUUGAACGUUUAAAUCGCUAAAUGUCGAAGAAGGGGCAACGUUUAUUUGCCAAAAUCGGCCCGACAAAUCGCAGCGUGUAAACGUAGCUUACGACACCAGCGAAAAACGAUUAGUUCCAACAUGAGAUGCGCAUGUCGUUAUUAAUGCAAUCUCGUACUGCUAUAACGGGCAUGCUCUCCUCGGUACGAGGUUGCGGUUAAUGCUGAUAAAAUCAUUGUGUGUUCAUAGCAAAAGAUAUUUCGAAGGCGCGUCAUGUUUUCGUAAUUUCGUCCCACUGAGGCCCAUGUAACCCUAACAUUCCUUCUAUCCUUCAGUUCUAGAAGUGCGCCAAGCCAUUCCAAUAGUCAUGGGAGCGAACAUCGGCACAUCCGUCACAAACACCAUCGUUUCGGCAGGACACGCCAGUGAUCGGGACCAGUUUCGGAGAGCCUUCGCAGGGGCGACCGUUCACGAUGUGUUCAACUGGCUGAGCGUUGUAAUCCUCCUGCCUAUCGAAUCUGCUUCGGGCUACCUGUACCACCUUAGCGGGGCGAUCACAGACUCCCUAGGCCUCAAGAAAGGGGAACGGGAAAAGGUCGAACUAUUGAAAAAAAUCACCAAACCUUUCACCAACAUUGUUAUACAAAUUGACAAAAAGUUGAUUCAAAAAAUCGCGGAAGGCGAGGAUAUAGGUUAGUAUGGCGGAUUCGAUAAAAAGUACACUUUUACCAAACUUAACUUAAAGGAGCAGUGUCACCUGGUGCGCAUCGUUUCUGCGCAUAACAAUUUCGAAAAUUGUCGGAAAUUGUUCGGUGCCUAAAAUACUCUCUCGUAGUCUUCUACGGUACGAAACUAUGCAUAUUUUUGCAUAGAAUUUGUGAAUCCGCCUCGCGAAUCCGCCAUAAUGGAUGCCGUAGUUUUUCAAGUUUGCGUGCGCAGAAAAGAUGCGCACCAGGUGACAUUGAUCCUUUAAGCCUCGGUCAAAAGAGGAUGAGAGUUGCAAAUCUUCUAGCUCGCGUUUGACCGUCAACUCUCAUCGACUUUCAUGCACUCUCAUCGACUUUGAGCUGGUUCAAAUUUUGAUGAGAGUUGAUAAGAUUUUUCGCUACGCACGUUUGGUAAUAUCCCAGUGCCGGAUUAACCAUAUGGCAGAAGUUGCAUAUGCCACUGCCCCCACGCUUUUGGGCGCCCCGCGCCGAUGACAUUCAACGCCAUAACCAUCUAAGUUGAAUGGUUAUGCUGAUGAUAUUCAACGGCAUAACCAUCUAAGUUGAAUGGCUAUGCUGAUGAUAUUCAACGGCAUAACCAUCUAAGUUGAAUGGUUAUGCUGAUGAUAUUCAACGGCAUAACCAUCUAAGUUGAAUGGUUAUGCAGAUGACAUUCAACGCCAUAACCAUCUAGGUUGAAUGGUUAUGCCGAUGAUAUUGAACGUCAUAACCAUCCAAGUUUAAUGGUUAUGCUGAUGAUAUUCUAAUAAUAUUUUAAAAUGUCGUUAGGGGGUUCAAGGGGCCCCACGCUUAUAAUAUGCCACGGGCCCCGCGAAACGUUAAUCCGACCCUGUAAUAUCCAGUCAACUUUCAUGCAACUCUUGUUCUCGUUUGACUGGGAUACGAGAGUUGAGAAUUAGCUCUCAUGCAAACUCUCGCUUCUCAACUCUUAUCCUCGUUAGAGGACGCCCGAUUGAAUGGCACACUUUGAGGUAAAUUUUUUUUACGUCUGUCCCAUUAUAGGUGAUAAAAGUUUGAUCAAAAGUUGUGCUCCUAAAAUUAAUUCGACCAAAAAGGUUUGUGAUGAAUUUUUGUUCCAUGACACGGGGAUGAGUGACAAGGAGGUUGGAGGCAUCUUACUGGCAAUUGCUCUUAUCAUUCUCUGUGUUUGUCUGGCAUGUAUUGUCAAACUGCUUCAUUCAAUGCUGAAAGGACAGAUUGCCAAGGUUAGAUUAGGUUAUUGUACCAUGUUAAACUAUGUACUAUAUAAUACACUGGGCUAUACCAUAUACCACACCAUAUCGAAUCGCCAAUACCAUACCAUAUCACGCCAUAUUACAUCGUAUCGUACAAUACCAAUUGGAAUGGUGUGGCAUGCUUUGUCAUGUCUGUUAUGGUCCAUACCAAUGAUACCAUGUCAUACCAUUCCAUACUAUAUACCUCAAAGAACCAUACCGUACUAUACCAUACCGUACCUUACCAUACCAUACCAUACAAUACCAAACAUACAAUGCCACACCACAUUAUACCAUGAUUAUACCACACUACACCAUAUCAUAUCAGGCUACACCAUAUCAUACCAUACCAUAUACCAUACCAUACCUUACCUUACCUUACUAUACCAUGCCAUACCACAUUACCUCAUAUUAAACCAUACCAUAGCAUGCAUUUACUUAAAAUUUGUUUAAACCAAAUAUUCCACAGUAUAAAAAACAUAACCAUUUUCCUUUUUUCUCUUGCUCAGAUCAUAAAAAAAGGAAUCAACUCAGAUUUCCCAAAACCAUUCAAAUGGUUUACUGGUUAUGUAGCAAUCCUCCUGGGAGCUGGGAUGACUAUGCUGGUACAGUCCAGUUCUAUAUUCACGUCAGCGUUAACUCCGUUGGUGGGAAUCGGUGUGGUCACCAUCGAUCGAACCUACCCUCUCACACUGGGGGCAAACAUUGGUACCACAGUAACUUCGAUUCUGGCCGCCCUGGCUGCAACCUCAAAGUUUCGUGAGUCUUUACAGAUUGCCCUGUGCCAUCUGUUCUUUAAUAUUUCUGGAAUUGCAAUCUGGUAUCCGCUGCCCUUUAUGAGAAAGAUUCCUAUAAAAGGAGCGAAGUUUUUGGGUAAUACAACAGCAAAGUAUCGUUGGUUUGCUUUUAUGUAUUUGGUUAUUGUGUUUUUCGUAUUUCCUGCUCUCGUACUGGGCUUGUCUGUCGCUGGAUGGCAGAUUCUCGUCGGAAUUGGAGUUCCGGUAAGUAAUAUCUAGUUUCAUGUACUAUUUAAAAUACGAGCAGGAAUGCUUUAUCAGAUAUAAAGGCUGUUUUUCAUUACGGCCGAUUUUCCCUCGCUGGUGUUGCGACGCUCAGUCCAAUCUCCAAUAAUUUCCCACUGGCGGCAUGCGCGGGAAAAACAAAAGCAAUAUGGCAGCCCUAAGUUGGAGAAGACGAAGUUGUACCAACAACCAGGUGAUCUUGAUACGCGGAAAAGUACUGGCACUAGUUGUCAAAUAGAAAUCCAUUUUAUGAUUAAAACAACUGAACAUCUCCUGUAAUAUACUUUAUUUCGAUUCCAUAUUUUUGUCAGAGCUAUAGUUCUCAUAACCAAACAUAAUUACAAAAUUUCAACUCGUUUCAUAAAGAAUAACGAAAGAUAUAAUUGACUGAAUACAUCAAAAUGGAUUUCUAUUCGGACAACCCUUUCUGAGCGCUGAUUGGCUAAAAUACGAACACGAGAUCACCUGGAACUUGUUAUCAUCCUGGGGCCAGUUGUUCAAAGGUGAGUUAGCACUAACCGUGGGUUAAAAUUUAACAUGCUGUUUUAGUUUGUGUAUUUCUACACGUCUGUUUAUUUCAAAACGUCCAAAGAAGUAAACUCAUAUCGAUCCAGACAAGAUCUCCGAGGAAAUAUUUCCAAAUUUAUAGACAAGCUGUGAAGAAGUUUGCUUUGAAUUUUAAGUUAACCUAGGGUUAAACUAACGCAGCAGCUUUGAACAAACGGGCAGCCCUUGCAAUUCAACAAUUUCUCGGCAAGUUGUGAUAACAGCGUUGUUACAACCUUGCUACAAGUCUGUUGCGAGCACAUCUUGCUGACAAGUUGUGAGAUUUGUACGUGUGUACCUUAUUUAUAUCCAUAUUUUCAUAUUUUGUCUGUUUAGAUUGUGUUGGUUAUAAUUACCAUCAUCGUCAUCAACAUACUACAAAGCAAAGCGCCACACGUUUUGCCCACUGUUCUACAGAAUUGGGAGUGGGCCCCAGUAUGGCUACGUUCUCUGGAACCGUACGACAGGAUCGUCAAGAAAGUAAUCUAUUUUGUUCGCCAGAAUCUCUGCUGUUUUAAAAAGAGUGGAGAACAGUCACCUGAAACCAACGAGACCCAUGAAAAGCCCGAACACUCUCAGAAUGGCUCUUCAAAACCGCCCAGUUACCCUGAUCACGGUCAGGCACAGGUAAAUCAUGGGACCUAUGUAUUGUAAACUAUGGAUUCCCCAUAGUACCAUUGACCGUUACUGAAAACUUAAGAGUUUGGUAACGAGUACAUUUUUAUUGCUAAUGACCGCUAACAUUGACGUCAGCGAAAUUACUUCUUCCCAUUGAACUGAAUAUAACUGGAACGCUACCUCCAACUGGAAAUUUGAAUCCAAACUUGAAGGCCAGACCCAGUCUUUUCACGCAUGCGAAGAGCGCUCAAUCAGUCAAUCAUGAUAGAAACACGCGGGUUUGACCCCAGACGCGCGUGUCUGAAUGUAGCGUUCCAGUUAUAUUCAUUCCAAUGCUUCUUCCCCACAGAAUUGGGGUAAUGGCACUGACCUCAAAGUAUGACUAGAUAGUAUAGGCUCAACAAAAGAUACAAUAUAUACAGUAGGUAGACAAUUUGUAUUCUAGCCUUUUGAACGUAUUUAUCAAGGUUCCACCUUGUCCACUUUAUUUAAUUUUUUUUAGCGAACAAUGUUUUAAUGUAUCGUUGAAUUUUAGUAUUUCAUUAAGCCAGAAUCCCUAUGCGUACAUACAUUGUGUAUUUGAACGUGAUAAUAUACAACUCGAUCCUAUUUUUUUAUCAUAUAUCAGAAUCACGCUUAAUAGACUGAGAUAGAAUGAAAUAUGUAAAUAAACUUAAUUUAGUGUAAUGAAUAAAAUUCAAACUAUGGACAUUUUUUGUUGCAGAAUUGUUUUGUUCGAUAUAAUAAAACACCUAUUAUUGGGUUCGUCUUCGCCCAAUAUGGCAAACUAGUAUAAAUGUUUGAGCAUUUUUAAAUGAAUACAUAUAUUUACUGGGCUGCCUAUGGUGUAAAUCGC